UGUGAACUCAAGCAACCUCGAGAUAACUAAACCAAACCGUCCCUUGGUCGUUGUGUAAGUAACAUGGCGACUUUCAGUAAAUAUCUGACAGCGAAAAACUCCUCCAUAGCAGGCGGUAUUUUGCUGGUUUUAUACCUGCUGAAACGUAGAAGACGGACGUUCAAACCGGACAGUAGAAAAGGAGGUUCAGAUUUAGUGUCGAACUCUGAGAAAGAUGGCAGAAAAGACCGUGCAGCAGUGGACAAGGUUUUCUUCCUCAGAGUCUUCCAGAUUCUGGGGAUCAUGGUACCUCGAGUUUUCUGCAAGGAGACUGGCUACCUUAUCCUUAUCGCUGCCAUGUUGGUGGCCAGGACCUACUGUGACGUAUGGAUGAUCCAGAACGGCACCAUGAUCGAAAGUGCAAUUAUCGGUCGCUCGGCAAAAGAUUUCAAGACCUUCUUGUUCAGCUUUAUCAAAUUCAUGCCACUUAUAGCCUUGGUGAACAACUUCCUGAAGUUGGGUCUAUACGAGCUGAAGCUGAGGUUCCGUGAGAGGCUCACAAAGAACUUGUACGACCAGUACCUGCAAGGUUUCACCUACUACAAAAUGGGAAACCUGGACAACCGGAUAGCCAAUGCAGACCAGCUUCUGACACAGGAUGUGGAGAAAUUCUGCAAUAGUGUGGUGGACCUCUACUCAAACCUCAGCAAGCCUCUGUUGGAUAUCGGCCUGUACAUCUUUAAGCUGACAAGUGCCAUUGGUGCUCAGGGCCCAGCCGUCAUGAUGACCUACCUACUGAUCUCAGGACUCUUCCUGACCAGACUGAGAAGGCCCAUAGGCAAGAUGACAGUCACUGAGCAGCGCUAUGAGGGAGAGUACCGUUUUGUCAACUCUCGCCUCAUCACCAAUAGUGAGGAGAUUGCCUUCUACAAUGGGAACAUCAGGGAAAAGCAGACCAUUUACACCACAUUCAAGAAACUGGUGGACCACUUGCAUAACUUUAUCUUCUUUCGCUUCUCUAUGGGAUUUGUGGACAGCAUAAUUGCCAAGUACCUGGCCACUGUAGUAGGUUACAUGGUGGUUAGCCGGCCAUUCCUCACUCAGUCACACCCUCGACACCUGCACAGCACACACUCUGAGCUGCUUGAGGACUACUAUCAGAGUGGGAGGAUGCUCCUGAGAAUGUCCCAGGCCCUGGGCAGGAUUGUACUGGCUGGCCGAGAUAUGACCCGUCUCUCAGGAUUCACAUCUCGUAUCACUGAGCUGAUGAAAGUCUUGAAAGAGCUGAACGCUGGCAAAUAUGAACGCACCAUGGUCUCCCAGCAGGAGAAGGGAUCAGACACCGCAGAGAAACUCAUACUGGUGCCGGGGAGUGGCCAAAUUAUCCACAGAGAUAACAUCAUCAAAUUUGACCAUGCACCCCUAGCAACACCCAACGGAGACAUUUUGAUCAGAGACCUCACAUUUGAGGUGAGGUCUGGCAGCAAUGUUCUUGUCUGUGGACCAAAUGGCUGUGGAAAGAGCUCUCUGUUCAGAGUGCUCGGAGAGCUGUGGCCUCUGUUUGGAGGACACCUGACAAAACCUGAGAGAGGGAAACUCUUCUAUGUUCCACAGAGACCUUACAUGACUCUGGGUUCUCUGAGGGACCAAGUCAUUUACCCAGACACCCAUGAAGAACAGCGAAGGAAAGGCAUCUCUGAUCAUAUAUUGAAAGAGUAUCUGGACAAUGUCCAGCUUGGUCACAUCCUGGACAGGGAGGUGAGCUGGGACUCAGUCCAGGACUGGAUGGAUGUCCUCAGUGGAGGAGAGAAGCAGAGGAUGGCUAUGGCCAGGCUGUUCUACCACAAGCCCCAGUUUGCCAUUCUUGAUGAGUGCACCAGUGCAGUGAGUGUAGAUGUGGAGGACUUCAUCUACAGUCACUGCAGGACGGUGGGCAUCACCUUGUUCACAGUGUCCCAUAGAAAGUCUCUGUGGAAGCACCACAAGUAUUAUCUCCACAUGGACGGGAGAGGAAACUACGAGUUCAAGCCCAUCACAGAGGAAACUGUGGAGUUUGGCUCAUAACUGGUUGCUGCUGCAGCCACAAAUGUUCUUCUCUGAUAAAACCAGUCCACUAAUUAUUUGCACUUGAGAUGGAAGUUAUAGAAAAUUUUGUUUUUAAUCAUGUUUUUCCUUUAUGUUUUCUGUUAUUUAAAUCAUCAAUUUAGUCCAGUCUAAUCAUGAAUUUGUUCAGUGCGAUUAUAAAAAAAAAAAAACCAUGUUAUUUAUAUUGCCAACUUCUAUGUUGUGUUUUACACACACAAGACAUGUUUGAGUGAAGGUGGAAAUAUACUAUAUUGUUUUGGUCAUCUCUGCACAUGCGAAGAUGUCUCACAUCAGUAACAGAUUAGCUUGUUGAGAUAUGCCUGAUACCACAGUGGUCUUUGAGGCAACAGUUCCCACAGUCAACUGUGUCUUGCACAGAAUAAUAAGACCGUUUGAAUUCGUAACGUGGUUCUUCUGGAUGUGAUGCUCCUGGCUGUCUUGUUGGUUCUCAUUAAAUUAGACUCGCCACAGCUGACAGAAGCCAAAAGCAGUGAAGGCUGGGAAUCAUUUUCAGCCCUUAAAAUAUUAAAGUGAGUUUUGGCUGUUAUGCCUAAGGUUACUGUUAAAUAUCUUGUCCCAUCGAAGUAUCAAGUAUCAUGUGGUUACAUCAUAGUUAUCUGAGGAUAAAUGGUGGUUAAAAAAAAUGUGAUAUAGGCUUACUAUCAGAGGCAACUCCAGACCCAACUCAUUUGAAGGUUUUGAAGUGCUAACACAAUAACAUGGCAGCCUCUUGAGUAAACUGGUGGAGGGAAAACUCUUUUCUGUCUUACUGAGAGGGAACAGAAUCAAAUCAGUCACUCAGCAAUCAGAAGAGUGUUGAAAAUAUGAACUCACCAGGUGGAAGGCUGUCUCCCAAGAGACCAUGAGAAAAAUAAAUCAGAAAAAAGGUGUUCAUUAGCUGUAGUGCUGCUACUGGUGGUGAACCCAUAUAUUUCCACAGUACUGGGAAAGGACAGAAUGGUGCUUGUCAGACCUCUGUCACUAGUGGCAGCACUCCUCUCCAGUGAUUUUGUAUUUUAAACAUUCCACCUGUAACACAUUUUGAGUUUAGAAUGACUAAAUGUUGUGUAUGAUUGACAAUGAGGACUAUGAUAUGUAGUGUGCUGCCCAGAGACACCUGCAUUGAAAUGGAGACAUUUUGGAACAAACUUAGUUUAUUUCAGUUGAAUCUCUGCAAUUGGGAUUUUGCGAUGAGAGGAUUUUUUUGCAUAGUUUUAACUUUGAUACAUUUUGUGAUUUGGCUCUAUUCACCAAACUGUUGUUGAAGUGCUGACCUUUGUGUGAACAGAACAAUGCCAGAGCAUACAAAAAGUAGGAAGCGAUCACAUUUGGCAUGUUGCGUCAUUGAGUUUUCUGUGACAUUGCUCCAUAAUAGAGAGACGGCAUGGUCUGCAAUUAGUCGAUUCAAAAAGCCCCCGUCUAUGAACUUUGUGAGAACAUGUGAAUUAACAUAGCAGGGCUGCUCUCUGGUCUGACUGAGCUUCAAUCCACAAGGUCAUAGGCAGACUAAUGAUUAUGAUUUAAAUGCAUAAACAUGGCUAGAAUGCUCUAAUGAAGAGGGAACACUUCUGAGUUUAUUUUCAAUUCAACAGUUAAUGAAAUGAUUCAGGUUCUUUUGGAUGAAAGCUGUGAGACUGUAAUUGUUGGGAUAUACUUGCUGUUGCCAGGUUGACCUGUAGUUCAUGAAACACAAGGCUGUCCUUAAUGAAACAACGAACUCUGAAUGGCUGUUGAGUUCAAAUGCUUGUUGUCCAUCCAUGAAUAGUAUUUCCUGGUUGCUCAGCUGGGUUUAACUUCUUUUCAACUGAUUUGAUGACUAUAUUAACUGACAUUACUGAUCAAAUGUCUUAUAAUUGUUAUUAGUCAUUUUCUUAUUAGAAUCUUGUUAUUAAGCUUUUUCCAUUCAAUUCAAAUUAAAUUAAUAUUUUUGCGGGAGUUGAAAUUAAAAGUUUUGUUAAUCUUAGUUAUGUUUAUAACUGAUUUUAAUCAUUCUCUAUGAAGCUGAAGACUGAGUCUAAAGUGUAAUGAUUUCUGUCAAUUGAUCACUGUUCUAUUAAUAUGCAGACAAGAUCUUUCCACAGCCCCUCUGCCAUCACUCAACACGGAUGAGAAAUGUGAAAAUGGAAAGAAGCAGACUCAGCUAUAGCCACGGUUUAAUAUUGAUAAUAAAGCUGUAAUGAUCUCAUUCUACAUUCAAAUAAUAAGCAGUUGGAGUAAUGAAAAAAUAUCUUUCUUUCUUCCUUUGGCGUUAGGGAUGAGUGAGUGACAUAACAAGUGUGUCAAUGAUCGAUGGAAGUGUUGUAACCCAGAUAAGGCUUCUAAUGUAUGUCAAAGGUGCACUGUCCUGUUACUGCACAAACUGGACUUCACAAAAACACUGCUAGGACUGCACUUUUAACACUGGACUUGGGUGUAUAUCAAACAGGAAUGUUUCUGUGCAAUAUCAGAUCAUUGAAGUGAUUCAGUGUUGUUAAUGGUGUGGUUUGUCAGAGAUCUUCAUAAAAAAUGAUUGGACCAGUUAUUGUUUAUUAAAGCUGUGUUUUUCCACCUGCA